AUGUCAUCAAACACAUAUGAAGACUCCAACUUUGAUGAAUUCUUUUCGGAAGACAACUUUUACUCAUCGUGUAAUACGGGAAACAGCUCACAGCAUAUAAAAAAGGUACGAGAAUCCGUACUGAUUCCACACUCUUUGAGUACACGAAGUAUUAAGGAUGGUCUUAAUGGAACUAUCAAUACGAAAGGAACUGGAAAUGGAAAUGGAAAUGGAAAUGGAGCCAACUCAUUAAAGAAUGCAAGAGGAUUGUCAUCAUUAAAUAAUAGAACAUCAAUCAUUAAAUCUUCACCAUCAUUAAAAGCAUUGGAAAGCAUACUAAAUGAAAAAAGCAAAAGUCACCUGAGUCCAAAACCACUUGUUAAUGAGACCUUGGAAGAGGAAGACGAGGAAGAAGAGGAAUAUGGAAAACAAAACAAGAACAAGAACAAGAACAAGAACGAAAAUGGAAAUGGAAAUGGAAAUGGAAAUGAGAAGGAGGUGGGGCUGGUGAAGUACGAAAAAGUAGAGUUUCCACCAAAGAAAUCACAAGUGAGCAAGACUCAAGUAUCACCAACUCCUCCUCCACCACCACCACAGACAAAAACGGCUCAAACUGUUUUGGCUGCUCCUGUAAGCUUUAAAAACUUGAACAAGACCAACGAUACUUUAACCUCUUUACAAACAUUUGAGACAGCUACCGAAUCACUAGACUCUCUGAGCCCCAAAAAACAACUUCAUCAACAGCAUCUGCAUAACAACGAACAAAACUCAGUAAGAUCACAUCAUGCAACAAAGUCUAUGGUAUCAACAAUCAGUGGAAGUGGAUACAGCACAGAUGAUACACCCAUUCUUCAACAGCCACCAACACUUCAGACAUUUGUACCACACUCAUUUGACUCCCCCUUGUUGAAAGUUGUGGAAACUGGUAGUGCUCCUGCAUACGACACCUCUGCUUCAGCUGGUGCUACCGUUUCUCCUACUUCUCCACUACCACCACUACCACAACAACAACAACAACAACAACAACAACAACAACACUUACCCAAUAAAGACGAUCACACGUGGAUUGAUGACUCAACUAUUUCAUACAUGGACGAAUCACAAAAUACAAUCGGCAAGAAUCCUGAUGGGGAAAAACAAAAACCAAAUCAUGCUCGUACAAAUAACUCACAUAGCGAUGCGGUUACCGAAACAGGCGUGUCGCUGAAAAAUAAAAAUGAUAAAAAUGGCGCACAAAAGAAAUUUACGAACCCAACUAAUAAUCCCACCAUCACUACCAAUUCUAACACCGACACCACAGUUGGUUUGACAAAUAUUAAUUCUCUUUCACCCCCAAACAAACUGCUGGAUGGUGCAGAUAACUCCUUACCAACACAAUUAUCUAAUACAAACACCGCCACCAAUCAUUUUAGUACCUCGUUGGCCACACCUAACUCAGCCUCUUCCACCACAAACACCUCCUUCAAAACUAAGCCUCGAGGCACCUUCACACUGUUGUUGCGAGCAGAGACCCCUGCGCCCAGAACAACUACAUCGGCAGACUCUGAAAAAACAACAUUGGGAAAUUCUCCCUCACAGACAUUUACACUGCACUUGAGAGACAAACCAUUACCAGCAGUUGUUCACCAUUCUUCAAAGUCAAGGCGUGAUAGUUAUCAAUCAGAAGAGUUUGAUCCUGAAGUGGACUAUACAAGAAAAUUUUCUACGACGCUGGAAGCAAAAACUAACACAUCUCCCUCACAACCAAAGACAAGUAUGACUGGCUCUUCAACCACUGUGGGAAAAUAUAAUGAAUACAAUGGCAACACUUUAACUUCUAAUGCCAAAAGUCAGCAAAAUCCAACCAUCACCAAUGCUUCUCCGCGAAUGCCCAACAAUAGGUCAAACUCUACAUUUUCGCUCAAUUUAACAAAAAAAUCCAAAGGGAAUGGCUCAGUACUGGAUACCCGUUCAGCUCCACCUUUAUUAAAGAAGAGAAGUGCAACGAUGGAUGAUCUAAGUAAAGUUUCUAUGCAAAAUGGUGCAAAACAACCAGAGGAGAAAAAGAAGUUUAGUUUUAAAUCUCUCUUUAAAUCAAAGUCCAAAAACCAUUCUUUAAGUAAAGAAACUGGAAAUAGCUCUUCUGCAAAGCAAAAGACAUUUGCAUCCAAAUCAGUUUCUUCUACAAGUAUUCCUGUUGAAUCAAAUGGGGGCGAAGAGAACUAUAAAUGGGGUAAUUCACAGUUUGUGCCGGCUACUGGUACUAAUGCUGCAAAUGGUGGAAAUUCUGCAAUUUCAACAAAUACUGCAAAUAAUGUUGAUGCGAGUGUUGAUGGUGAUGGUGAUGGUGAUGGUAAUGAUGAACAUCUUCCACCACUUGUCAAGACUAAAUCAAAUACAUCAAUUAUGAAUGUUUUCCGCAAGAACAAAUCUUUUGACCAAUUGGAUAAAAUGAGCAACAAAGCAUUGAGAAAUAGUAAUGACAUCAAUCUGAAUGAGUCAAAGAGUAAACUUCAACACAGCAAUAAUAAGAACAGUAUCGUCUCAAAGAAUGCAAAGAUCGAUGCAAACGCAAAACAAAAUAGUGCAGCGUCACCGAUUGCAAAGCCAGGAUCCAUAAACUACAUUCGUGAAGUGAGCGAGAACAGUAUAACCCCAAUUCCUAAGAUAUCUCUUGACGGUCGGAUAUCCACAUCAAGUCUGGACGAUUUUGCUGAUGCUGAUGCAAUGUCGUUUGAAAAAAGCAAUGAUGAAGAAAACUUUGACAUUUAUGAUUCUAAAAACUUGACUCAUGACCCACCAAAAAAAAGAGCAAUGGGAACCUCAUAUGGAGAAGAAAUACUGUUGGUGCAACCAUUGAUUGACUCCACCCAAUUUGGCUCUCCAUUCAAAGUCAAUUAUCAUUCUAACUCGCCAGAGCACAGGAAGCAAAAAACUGGGGUAUUGACAAGCAAUAGUGGUGGUAAUAACAGUAAUACUCUCAAUAAUGACAAUAACAGCAUUAGUGGCAAAAACAACAAUAAUGACCGAGAUCGAAUGGUUCGAGUUUCUAGGCCACCAAGAACUCGUCCAUUGUCUUCAACUCCCUCGCCCAAUCCUAAUAGAUACCCUAGUCUCAAAGAUCACGGUAGUCAGAACAGCAAGGUACAACUGCUUGUUGGUGAAACGUUAUUUCCUAGAUCACUCAGUGCUCAUGAAGUGGAGAGUAUUGUUUCUUUGGAAAGAUCGAGAUCAAUUCGUUCUGUGAAAUCAAACAAGAGAAGUUCGUUUGUCAAUUAUGAUGGAAGUGACGAUAAUAUUAUACAGUACAAUGGUCCAGUAUCGUCGCCACAGAAUACUAGUAUUGGUAGAACCAACUCGAUUUUGAGAAACUCCAUAAGUAUGAGCAAUGUGAAUAACGAUGAAACGGAGGAUAGUUUGAUUGAUGCGAAUAUAUUGCAACUGAGUCCUUUUCCAAACUAUUUGGAAGCAAGAGGAGAAUCAGAAGGAAAAUCAGAAGGAAAGUUGGAAAAGGAAGAACUCAAGGGAAAUACCGGGGACGAUAAAGUGCUUGAUCUGCUUGAUUAUGAUCAGUUUAUGGAAUUUAGUGAAUUUCUUGACGUUGAGAAUUUGAAUUUUAACUACUCGCCAUCUCAAAUUAGGUCUGUUACAUCUAGUCCCAAGGCGGCGAUUGAUUUGAAGCAUUCGUCUAGGAAAAUAAGCGAGUUACUACAAGAUGCUGACGCUGAUGUUGAUGUCGAUGUUGAUGUUAAAGCCGUUGGAAGGGAUGAUAUGCUUGCAUCAUCAAAUGCAACCAAACCAAAUGCAAAACUGGUUUUGGCACUAACCCCAGAACCACAAGAGGUGGUAGAAAACCUGGUAGGUACACCUUCAAUUGUGGUUACUGAAACUUUUGAACCUUUGCAUAUCAACCCCCUUACUCUGACAACAUCUGAGCGUGAAAUGACUCAGCCUUUCCCUACUCUGGUUGCAUUUGACUCAAGAACUCCGUCUCCAUCGCCAUUAUCCAUGGAACGUAAUGAGUCGCCGAAAACAAGCGUAGAAGUGGUUGAUGAAGGUACUAGCGAUGUUGAAGAGACCAGUCAACAGAGAAAGGGAUUGAAAGCCACGGAAACCGCCGACGACUAUUACAUCAACAAAGAUGAAUUAAGUAACGAAUCACCUCAAAUUGAAAUUCAGAAUAGUCCAACUGAAGAGGAAAUAGCCAAAUCCAAGACAUCGCCUAUCUUUAAUACUGCUUUACAGACGAACGAUGCUAGAAAGUUUAAUAAUCGACCAAUAUCAAUGUCGUUUAAAGGUUUCACUCCACCAACAUUUUCAGGUAAAAUAGCACAACACGAUUUACGGAGUAGUGACUCGCAUCAGUCAUUCAAUGUUUCAUUUACUGACGAUGAUGCAUCUGUCGGAGCAGGUUUUGGAACCACUAGUGAAGAUGAAAAUGAUGAAGAUGAAAUUGAUAAUUUUGAGUUUGGAGAUGAAAACAAUUUUUUGAAGGAUUAUGAAAAGGAAAAUACUGCUCUGUACAAAAGACCUUUGCCAAGCCAAGGCUCAAGUCAAGAGAGCCACAUUCCACAGCUGCAACCACUACAACAACUGCAACAACUGCAACAAUUGCAACAACUGCAAUACCAAGAGCCUUUGUUGCGAACUCCUCCAUCGAAAAAUCCCUCAAAAUUUGAUAACGAACAUAUUACAUCAAACAACCUUUCUAUGAUACAACCCCAGCCACCAUUUGGCCAAAAGUUCCUGCACAAUAAAAUACCGUCCAUAUCCGAUCAAUCAUCUACAAACUCGUCUCCGAGAUCAAUCACGUCAUUUAUAGGAAAGUGGAAAAAAGGGUAUCAAAGCCAAGGACAAUUUCCAAGACCAGCACCACCGCCUCCAACAGUACGGCCAUCAUCAAAAGAGACGGGUGUGCGGUUUAGCUCGAGGAUUAUCUUAUAUGAUACAUACAAUGGAGAUGAGUAUGAUCGUCACCCGGAUACAGCUACAUGUAACCAGUUAACCCCAUUGUUGGCACAACAGAUCAAAGAGGAAAUGAAUUUGAUCAAGCUGGAGAUGGAUGUGCAUGUCGAUAGUAGAUGCUAUACACAGUUUUUUUGA